GCCAGGUUGGAGCAACAUGUGGCAAGUAAAUACCUUGCUGGUGGCGUGUAUCUGCACCUUUUGGUUGAAAUCGCUGCCAGUUUUCGGUGAAUCCAGUACAGAGAGACAGGAUGGUGUCGUCGAUAUAAUGAAGAUUUUUCAGACACACCCAUACGGCGUCGCUAUAUUCGACAUUGACAAUGAUGGAGAUCUCGAUUGUCUGACUGCCAUCCGAACAAAAUAUGAUAACGAUGGACCGAGUGCUGAUUACGUCUGGAUUCUCAAGGGCCUGAGGGGCCACGUGAAGAAGAACAUCACGUUCCACUUCAAGAAAGGAGACGCACCGGACAAGGCAUUCGUCACUGUCGACGAUGACCCUCAAAGCCAGGAAGCAAGAGCCUUCUACGCCGACUUCCAGACGUGCGCCGUGUUGGACAUUCCAUAUAAUGGGAAGCCAGAGUGCACUCUAUGGACCACGGACGAAGCCAAAGACGAUAUUCCAAGUCAAUGUAUCGAGCAAUACAAAAAGCACUGCGAGGUACAAGUUGUGGUCUACGACAAAGAGUCUUGCAGUCAAGUAUAAUGGGAUGGACCAGGAGAAAUGACAGCAGGUUUAGCAUAUAACCUAGUUCUUGUGUAUUUCUGUAGUACGCCUAAAAUAAAAUGCUAGAAAACUUUUUGCAA